GUCAAAAAAUUCAACACACCAGCAGUGUGAGGAGACCUGAAAGUGGCACAUGGCAUGGCAGAGUGUGGCGAUGGAGACAGCAGCAAGGGAGGCCGUACAGGGACCCAUGAGAGACUCUGGACCUGGCAGCAGCAUGAGGAGGCGGUAUAUAGGGGGCCUAUGGCAGAUUAGGGGCCUGGCAGCAGCUAUGGGAUGGCCUGUAAUCUGCCAGCACCCUAUGUCAAAAAAUUCCUACACACACCAGCAGUGUGUGAGGAGACCUGAAAGUGGCACAAUGGCAGAGUGUGGCGAUGGACGGACAGCAGCAAUGGGAGGUCACCCAUUGUCCCAACAUGGCCCAAAUAGUCCCAACAUGGGCCCCCUGGCCACGCUUGACUUU